GACGUUUUUUUUCCACUUCCAGUGUUUUACAAUUACAUCUGAUUUGCUGAGCUGACCCCAGUCAGACAUUGAUCCUUCAAUCCAGCUGCGACUCCAACUCUCAGAGCCCCCAUGAGGAAACGAGAUUUAGCUAUUCUUAUGCUCUCUGCUUUCGCCAUAUUCUUCUCUCUUCAGCACGAGGGAGAUUUUUCGUUUAGAGAAGCGUGGUAUCAUUUAUCCGAUGAAUACCCGAUCAAAUACGAAGCUGAACGUCUCCCCCCGCCUCUCGUUGCCGAUCUGAAUGGCGACGGAAAAAAGGAAAUCCUCGUCGCCACUCACGAUGCCAAAAUUCAGGUAUUAGAGCCACACGCACGGCGUGUUGAUGAAGGAUUCAGUGAAGCGCCUUUGCUGGCAGAGGUGUCUUUGUUGCCUGAUAAGAUCAGGGUUGCUUCUGGUAGACGUCCCGUAGCCAUGGCCACCGGUGUUAUAGAUCGAAUUUAUAAGUCUGGGCAACCUCAGAAACAGGUCCUGGUUGUUGUUACUUCGGGUUGGUCUGUUAUGUGUUUUGACCAUAAUCUCACAAAGUUAUGGGAGAAUAAUUUGCAGGAGGAUUUUCCACAUAAUGCGCACCAUAGAGAGAUUGCAAUUUCGAUAAGUAAUUACACCUUGAAGCAUGGGGAUUCAGGUUUAGUCAUUGUUGGUGGGAGGAUGGAAAUGCAGCCCCAUUUAUACCUAGAUCCUUUUGAAGAAAUUGGGAUGGCAGAACGAAGUGCCGAGCAGCAUAGAAGAAGUGCAAAUGAAAAGGAGGCUUCUGAAAACUCUGGAACUGUGAAUUUACGUCAUUUUGCUUUUUAUGCAUUUGAUGGACGAAAAGGUGGACUUCGAUGGUCUAGAAAGAACGAGAAUAUUGAAGAACAUUCUUCAGAUUCAUCACAGCUAAUUCCACAACAUAACUACAAGCUUGAUGUGCAUGCUCUGAACACUCGUCAACCUGGUGAGUUUGAAUGCAGGGAAUUUAGAGAAUCAAUCCUUGGAGUUAUGCCACAUCAUUGGGAUAGGAGAGAAGAUACUUUGUUGAAGUUGUCACAUUUCAAGCGACAUAAGAGGAAAACAUUGAAAAGAGUACCUGGAAAGUCAACAACAUAUCCUUUUCAUAAGCCUGAGGAACACCAUCCUCCAGGGAAGGAUGAUUCAAAAAAAAUUUCAAACUUGAUUGGAAAAGCUGCCAAGUAUGCCAGUUCAGCAAAAUCUAAGAAGCCAAUGGCUUAUAUUCCAACCAUAACAAACUACACCCAGCUCUGGUGGGUUCCUAACGUUGUUGUGGCCCAUCAAAAGGAAGGGAUAGAAGCUGUUCAUUUGGCAUCUGGUCGAACUGUAUGCAAGCUUCAUCUUCAAGAAGGAGGCCUUCAUGCUGAUAUCAAUGGAGAUGGAGUCCUGGAUCAUGUCCAGGCUGUUGGUGGAAAUGGUGCUGAGCAGACUGUUAUUAGUGGAUCAAUGGAGGUGCUGCGACCUUGUUGGGCUGUGGCAACCUCUGGAGUACCAGUUCGAGAACAACUAUUUAAUGCUUCAAUAUGUCAUCAUUCCCCUUUCAAUUUAUUCCAGCAUGGAGAGUUCUACAGAGGUUUUGGUCGAAGUAGUCAUGUUGCUUCUUUAGAAGUUGCAACACCCAUUCUGAUCCCCAGAAGUGAUGGACAUAGGCAUCGUAAGGGGAGCCAUGGUGAUGUUAUUUUCUUGACAAAUCGAGGAGAGGUAACUGCAUACUCUCCUGGCUUGCAUGGACAUGAUGCUGUUUGGCAAUGGCAGCUCCUGACAGAUGCUACAUGGUCAAAUCUUCCUUCACCUUCAGGGAUGAUGGAAGGCGGUAUGGUGGUUCCAACAUUCAAGUCGAUCUCAUUGCGUGUGCAUGACAAUCAGCAAAUGAUCCUUGCUGCUGGAGACCAAACAGGUGUAAUUAUUUCUCCUGGAGGAAGUGUAUUAACAUCAAUCGAUCUUCCUGCUCCGCCCUCCCAUGCCCUGAUUGCCGAGGACUUCUCGAAUGAUGGGCUCACUGACCUUAUUCUCGUAACCUCAAGUGGAGUAUAUGGUUUUGUCCAGACACGACAACCCGGUGCCCUCUUUUUCAGCACACUGGUUGGUUGCCUUUUACUUGUGAUGGGAGUACUCUUUGUCACUCAACACUUAAAUUCAAUGAAGGGUAAACCUCGUGCUUCAUCUGGUCCACGGUGAAAAAGCAGGUUCGUUUUAUAGUCUUGACUACCAAAGAUCACCCGACAGUUGAGUGAAAGAUGGCUGUAAUAGAAGUUACAACACUCUGGAAUUCCAAGAGAUCGAAGAUUUUUAGGCUUAUAGUUCUCGACUUUGUAUGAUUUAUGUUAUGCAGAUUUGGAUUGAGAAUGGAGGUGGAUCAUGUAACUUGUUUUGAAGUUAAAGAAAGUUUUACCAUAAA